UGCUAUAGUAUUGGCUAAGAGGUUUCGAAACAGAAUCCACAGAGAGAAAAAAGAAAUUAAAAAAAGAAUGAAAUAAAAGAGAGAGGUAAGGUAAGACUUAAGAGAGAGAAGAAGAAGAAGCCCGACCCGAUAAUCAUACUCGUACUGGAGAUGAUAUUGGAUAAUCCCAACCUCAAUUUUUCGCAAUAUUAAAUAACACAAUCACCUUCACUUUUUUCUUCUCUUCUUUCUUCAUCUCAUCUCCAUGGAUCCCUUCGAUUUGAUACGCGAAGGGUUUGGUUGAGGCUGACUGGACAUGUGCUGUUUCUAUUUUUAAAGUCUGUUUAUGUUGUAGUUAUUUUGUCCAUAUUCUAGUUAAUAAUGAACUUAUCCAAGAAAGGAUCCCAAACGGAUGCAAAGCUAUUAAGCCCUAACAAGGCAACAACUCUGAAUCCAAAUGCAGCAGAGUUUAUUCCUUUUGCCCUCAGAUCAUCAUCAUUACCUGGAACUACCAGCUCGGUAGAUGCAACAGCAGGGCUUUCGGCUGCUGGAGCUCUUGGGAAAGCAGUUUUAGAUAGAUCAGAAUCAUCCAUUUCAAAUAAUUCUGAUGAUGAGGUGCACCAAUACUGGCGAUGUCAGCUCCCUGAUGAUAUUACCCCUGAUUUCAAGGUCAUGGGAGAAGAUGAAUCUCAAGGUCUAGAUGAUCUUCCUUUAGCAGGUUUAUCCAUACAUGAGGACAAUGAAGCCUCAAGGUUUCCUUCUUCCAAAGGAAGUAAAUAUAUAAUAAAUGAGCAGGAGGAAAUAUCUCAACUGCAUAAUAAUGGCAAUAGCUUUGUGGAUAAAGUAGGGUUUUCUCAUUCAAGCUACAGGGAGGACCCAUCUUCUACAAGCUUUUUGAAUGCUCUGGCAAAGCCUUGGGAGGGGCCAAUUGGGAGCGCUGACCAGCUUGUUAGCAGUGGUCAAGAUGGGCUUGCUUAUGAUGACAACAGUGGACAUGGAUACUUAAAUGAUGUUUUGGCUGAAAAUGCAAUUAUGGAUGAUACUGAUAUGAAUCCUUUGGAGUAUUUAGCUUCCAUGUUCCCUGGUUUUGCAGCAGAAAGCCUCGCAGAAGCUUACUUUGCCAAUGGAUGUGAUUUACAUCUGACCACCGAGAUGCUCAGUCAGUUAGAGCAGCUUCAAGUUGAUGGUGGUUUCAAUCAAACUUUGAAUUCAAAGACUCUGUCAGCUCCCAAUCUGAGUGCAAUGGACUUUCCUGCACUUACUUCACCAGAUGGCCAGGCUGCUUCAGUUAAAUACGUGGUUGAUAAUGUCCAGCAAAGUCGAAAUCCUUACCAGUCAUUUGACAGUGAUGUGAUGCUUUUCAAAUCUAGUUCUUCAAUUCCAUCUAGAGGUGCUGUUGACUUUGCUUCAGCUGUUAGAAAGUUGGCUUCUCAGGAUUCUGGUGGUAUUUGGAAGUAUGACAAGAAUGGCUCUGGUGAUGCUGCUAUAGGUUCAAGUAGGAAUUCAAAUGUUUUGGGUAGUGGCUACAAUGGUGGACAGGCCAGAGCACACUUUGGUGAUCGAUUGCAGAACCGUGGCUCAGCUCGAGCAGCUCCAAUUUGGCUUGAAACUGGUGAUGCCGUUGCAAAUAUGUAUUCAGAGCUGCGGGAAGAGGCUCGUGAUCAUGCAUGCUUACGUAAUGCAUAUUUUGAGCAGGCUCGUCAAGCUUACCUUAUUGGUAAUAAAGCCCUGGCAAAGGAACUAAGUGCUAAAGGGCAGCUUCACAAUAUGCAUAUGAAGGCAGCUCAUGGAAAAGCUCAAGAAUCCAUUUACCGUCAGAGAAACGCAGUUGCUUCAGAGAUGCAGGGCAAUGGAAGAGGACACGAGAGGAUAAUAGACCUACAUGGGUUGCAUGCGGGUGAAGCCAUUCAUGUGCUGAAACAUGAGUUGAGUGUGCUGAAAAGCACUGCCAUAGCUGCUGAGCAGCGUUUGCAGGUGUAUAUUUGUGUGGGCACAGGUCAUCAUACCAGGGGUUCCCGCACUCCCGCAAGACUUCCAAUAGCUGUACAGCGUUUUCUUCUUGAAGAGGGCAUUGACUUCACGGAACCUCAACCAGGCCUACUUCGCGUUGUGAUAUAUUGAGCCAGCCAAGCCAAGGAUGUGUACAAGUUUUUUGACACGGUAUAAAGUCCGCGAUCACGGACAUUUUAGUCAUUGUUGUAUCUGUAUAUGCCCGAAGAACAGGAAAAAGAGAGAGAAAAAAGCAGUUAGGGGAGAAGAGAAGGGUUGUAGCAGAAUUGUAUCAUUAAGAUUUAGCGACGACAUCAGAUUUACGUUAGUAAGCAGGAUUUCACAUUAUGGGAUUAUAUUUCUUCUGUUAAUUUUGUACCCUAAUUUUCAUUUCCUUGUUAAAUUCCAUUUUUACCAUUUUCAUUCA